CCGUCUCCGUAUUGCCUUCGCCUAUGGGGACAGAGGGAGUAAAAAGAGUGAAUGCGCUGUAAUUCUGAUGUGUGUUCCACUGGUGCCAUUAGGCUAAUACCGCCCGCGAGCAUGGCUACCGCGUCGGAAAGUCAGCAGCAGCGGUAGAGACGCUUUCACCGCCGCCCCUACCGCGGCGCGGAUCCACUCUUUGCUUUCAAAUCUCACCAGCUAUGUUCAUUGUCUAUCUGCCUGCGCAGUGCAAUGGAUUUUUACCUAUCUAAUGUCAUAGAGCACAGCCUGCGGUGACUAGUCAGGCAGCAGUACGCGGCACACCAAGGGACUAAUAAAUAAGAUUGGACUAUAUAUAUUAAUUAUAUAGCUGGCGUUAGCUGCAACGAGGAAAAACAUCGCGGCAGGAACAAGGCUGGAAUUAUGAAGGUCUGCCACAAUGUCUAAGGCCACAGUGAACAAGCUGCACUGGCGUUCCAAGGUGCAGGAGAGUUUUGUUCCCCUGGGGGGUGGGUCUGGGGAGCUAGGUGUGGCCAUCGGGGGCGGGGCUGACUACGGAGAGUUCCCAUUCGUCACAGCAGCACCGGGAGGCGGGGCCACAGUGGGUGACGUCAUACUGGAGAUCGGGGGUACGCCCGUCCUGGGCAUGACACUAGGAGACGUGAGAGGGGUCCUCAACUCAUGCCCCCAUCCCAUACGCAUUAAAACUGUCUCGCCAGGCUCUACUCUCUGUAAGGACCUGAGGCUGUACCUGAGCAAGUGUUUCACUCCAGGAUCCAUGGACAGCCAACUCCAGCAGGUGAUCAGGGAGAACCUGUACCUCAGAGCCGUCCCCUGUACAACCAGACAGCCUCGCGACGGGGAGAUAUCAGGGGUGGAUUACAACUUCGUCUCCAUAGAAGAGUUCUUUUCCCUGGAAGAGUCUGGAGCCCUGCUGGAGAGUGGCAAGUUCAAGGGAAACUACUACGGGACGCCCCGCCCAGUCCACAUCGGCCCAGAGAGCCCACCAAUCACGUACCAGGAACAUCGGAACCUGCUCCGGAACUUCAGGACACGCAGCAAGUCGCUAAGCAACCUAGAGAAGGCUGUAGAGGAGGGGGAGAACAGUGAGGAAGAUUCUGGACUGUCAGGAGGUUCAGUAGGCAUCAGCAGUGCCCCGCCCACAGCGCUAGCUCUCAGCCAAUCCUGGGACUCAAGGGACGGCGUGGGAGAAGAGAAUGGAGGGAUUAGCAUCGCCACACGAGGUGGAGGGGCACUGCCCGAGAAUUGGGAGCUGGCAUUCAGCGACUCAGGAGAGCCUUAUUACAUAGAUCACAUCUCUAAGACCACCAGCUGGCUGGACCCCAGAGCUCAGAGCAGGGAGAUCCUCAGCAAAACAGAGUUGCCUGCGUUCACGGACCAGCCGGCAGAGCUGAAGGGCUAUUCCAUCCACACCCGUCUGUCUAAAGGGCCGCGAGGGUUCGGCUUCAACAUAGUGGGAGGAAGCAAACAGAGAGAGUUUCUCCAGGUCUACAGCGUUACACCCGGAGGACCACCCGCCCUCAGCACAGCUGAUAUCCUGGUCUACAUCAAUGACAGCUGUGUCCUGGGUCUGUCUCAUAAAGAGGUGGUAGAGAUGUUGAAGUCUGUCCCCAUGGGUCACAGUGUGGACGUUGUGUUACGGAGAGGCUAUCCCAUGCUCUACAACCCAGACGGCUGUCCCAAACAACCCCUGACUCCCUCCGCCUCCUCCUCUCCUCUGGAACCUCUCAGCGCUGCAGCCACCCCUCCCUCCACAGCCACCGCUCAGCCCCUCUCCACCCCCGGUCCUGGCCCUCCCGAGCCACCCCAACCUCCCGGCCUGGCUAACCUGAACCGUACCCUGUCUCAUCACAACGGAAACUAUCUCAGAGUGGCGGGAAACUCAGGGUCGGGGCUGGACGCUAACGGGAAUGCGGCAGACCUGUUGUCGGCUCCCCCCUCCUACCCGCUGUCUAAUGGAAUCCUUAGCUCUUCCGCCAGCUCAGCCUGUGCCCCCUCCUCCUCUCACAGUAGGGGCAUCCCCCCUCCUCCCCCGCCCGAACGAACCUCCGCCUCCGCCAGCCAGAGUGACUCAGAGGAAGGAGCCUCGGGUGGAGCGACACAGAGAUGGUCUCUGAUGCGCUACAACGCGAACUCCCUCCCCACCCCCUCCUCCAUACUCCACCACCAGAGUGACUUCACCACCUCCACCCUGCCCAUCUCCGUCUCCAAUCUGCCCCUGUCCCAGCCGGACGUGUGCACCGCCACCACCCCUGGAGCCCCCUGCCAACGGCCCCCCAUGCCCCAGACCUCCCUCAUGCUCCCCUCGCCCACGGAGGUCCCCCCUUGCGGCUUCAACGGCUGCCCAGCCAACGCCCAACCCCAUGGGGGCCACAGCGCGCCCAGUGAGGGAGUACCUGGUGGGGCUGGAGGAGGGGAGCUGGUCCCUGUGCCCCUGGGGAGGAGUGAGGGGGGUGGGAUGGGGUUCAGUGUGACGGCGGGGGGGCAGGGGGGGCAGCUGGCCCUGGUGAAGAGGGUCUGGGACAGAAGGCAGUGCUCCUCCCUGCAGCCAGGGGAUGCUAUAGUCAAGAUCAACGGCGCUGACGUGCAGAGUCUCAGCUUCGCUCAGGUCCAGAGGGUUCUACAAAAACACACCAGGCAGGGAGAAGUAGUGCUGCUGGUUUACAGAGGAGAUGCCUUGGUGCCCCUGCACCUCCCUCACAUCCCCCAUCUCCCCCCCAGCCACAGUGACCUCUCCCCAGCCUCGCCCUCCACAGAUCUCCCCUCCCUGGUCCAGAGCACAAGCUUUCUGGACUCAGUCCCUGUAACUCUCACCCUGGAACCCAGAGACUGGGUUGGGCUGGAGAACGGUGUUGGGGCCCCGGGUGUGUUGAGGCCCCCUGGAGGUUGGGGAGGAGCAGGACUGGGGGCUGUGGCCAAGGGCCAGGUGGACAGACGAGGGGGAGGGGUCAGGGGACAGGAGGUGGAGCUACGGAGACGGCCGGGGGAGGGGUUCGGCUUCAUCAUCGCCUCAAAGGACCUGGCCAAUGGGGCGUCAAGUCAUGCCAGGGUCACACCAGGUUCACGCCAGGGUCACGCCAGGGUCACGCCAGGUUCACGCCAGGGUCACGCCAGGGUCACGCCAGGUUCACGCCAGGGUCACGCCAGGGUCACGCCAGGUUCACGCCAGGUUCACGCCAGGGUCACGCCAGGUUCACGCCAGGUUCACGCCAGGUUCACGCCAGGUCACGCCAGGUUCACGCCAGGGUCACGCCAGGUUCACGCCAGGUUCACGCCAGGGUUACGCCAGGUUCACGCCAGGUUCACGCCAGGUUCACGCUGA